AUGGUCCCAGGACCCCCUCCCUGGCACUUCCACUCCUGGGGGGAGGAGGCUGAGCAGCCUCCUGCCUCCUGCCUCCUGGGCCCCGGUACCCGACGUCCCAACUCCGCUGUGCGCCCAAACCCAACCGAGUCGGUUCGUGGCCCGCCCCGCAGGGCGGCCGUCGACUCGAGCGCCCUGGCGCCGGGCCGGGGGGUGCGGGAGGCUCCCGCGAGCCGGCUGCGGCUGGCACUGCCGCUGCUCCUGCUCCUGCUGCCGCUGCCCGCCAGCGCCUGGUACAAGCACGUGGCGAGUCCCCGCUAUCACACGGUGGGCCGCGCCGCCGGCCUGCUCAUGGGGCUGCGCCGCUCACCCUACCUGUGGCGCCGCGCGCUGCACCCGGCCGCCGAGACCCUGGCCAGGGACAUGCUCUCCCCGGGGCCGUCGGCCCGCGAGGCUCCUCUCCUGCCGCCCUCGUGGGUUCAGGAGCUGUGGGAGGCGCGACGGAGGAGCUCCGAGGCAGGGAUCCCCGUCCGUGCGCCCGGGAGCCCGCGCGCCCCGGAGCCUGCACUGGAACCGGAGACCCUGGACUUCGGCGGAGCCGGCCAGAGACUUCGGAGAGACGUCUCCCGCCCAGCCGUGGUCCCCGCAGCAAACCGCCUUGGUUGGCCCUGCCUGGCCCCCGAACCGUCCUGACAGCGACCCCACGACCCCCCGCGCCUCCGCGCCUGACCCAGGAGGAGUUGCUGCGGCUUCCAGGCGCUGCUCAUAGCCCCGGCCUGCUGUCCGGUCAAUAAAAUCCGCCUGACUCCUGCGCCCCCGCGUAGGACCCCUU